AUGGCGGACGGGAAGGCGGGAGAGGAGAGGCCUGAGAAGCCGCAGGGAGCUGGAACCGUCGGAGGACCUGAAGAAGAAGCAGAAAAACCUGUGAAAACUAAGACUGUUUCUUCCAGUAAUGGAGGGGAAAGUUCCAGUCGCAGCGCUGAGAAACGAUCAGCUGAAGAAGAAGCUGGUGACCUCCCAACAAAGCCUACAAAGAUCUCCAAGUUUGGAUUUGCCAUAGGUAGUCAGAUGACAAAGAAAGCAUCAGCCAUAUCCAUCAAACUUGGAUCAAGUAAGCCUAAAGAAACUGUUCCAACUCUUGCUCCAAAAACCCUUUCAGUAGCAGCAGCUUUUAAUGAAGAUGAAGAUAGUGAGCCAGAGGAAAUGCCUCCAGAAGCAAAGAUGAGGAUGAAGAAUAUUGGAAGGGAUACACCAACAUCAGCAGGACCAAAUUCCUUCAACAAAGGAAAGCAUGGGUUUUCUGAUAACCAGAAGCUAUGGGAGCGAAAUAUAAAAUCUCACCUUGGAAAUGUCCAUGACCAAGACAAUUAAAUGAUGUGUUUUGAGAUUGGGGUGUGGGGGUGGGUGUAAAGUUAAAAGGAACAGUUUCCUUUUUUAAAGAAUGGUAUAAGACUAUCUUUGGAGCCGCCUUUUUUUCUUUCUUUUUUUUUUUUAAGAUUGAGUGGUACACUAAUAAAUGAGAGUUUGAAAUUAGAGGUAAUUUAUGUUUUAUAUACAGAUUUCAAGACAUUUGCUAAUUUUGUAGUUUCAUGUGAUUAGUUUCCAAAGGUUACAGAUAAUAAAGAAAUCAGAAAUGGUACCUUUUUAGAAUUGCAUAUUUUUUUAGACACAAUUAUUAGCACAUUAAGAGGGAAACAAAAAGUAAUUGCCUAUUUAAACUGGUUCUUCAAAAUGCAAGCAGUUGCUCUCUUAACUCCCUCAUUACCUGAACUGUCUGGCUCCCAGGAACAGCCUUAUAGAAGGGGGGAGUAUUGUAUUGGGAGGAGAAUGUUACUGGACUAUUGACUGAAAGUAAACUUAAAUCAAUUUAAAACACAGCUUUUUUUCCUAUGGGCAUUUGUUUCGUUUCAAGUCAUCAUAAACUAGUUAUUGCAUCGCUAGCAGUGGAUACAGGCUUAGCUCUUUAAAAAUAAACACUUUUUGAAAUUCUGUGUAAA